AUGGACCUUCUUUAUCCAGAUUUUACAUCUUCCAAAUCCAGUCCUUUCUUUCAACAAGGUAAUUUUCAUUUGUUAAUUAUUUUUUAUGAUGCUUGAACAGUGAUGCUUGAGCAUGUGAUCUUUAUGAUUCUGUUAUAUAUACAUACUGCUAUUCUGUACAAUUGUCAUUGGAAGACUUGUAGAAAAAAUUUAUAGAAUGAUAUUUUAAAAUAUUUGAAUAUUUUUAAUCUUUUUUUCGUCUUUAGUCGGGUCUUAUAACGUAUGUACAAUAUUACGUUUCAAAUUUGUAAGGUCAAUUCUGAUUGGAUAUCAUUAUAACGAGGUAUAGAUUAUAUCGAAGCAUUUUAUAGGUCCUUGGGUUACGUGUUCUGUAAUUACCAACUUCUAAAAAAUUCAAUCACAGACGAGGUAUUCAUAUACUCAGUCUCUGAUUCAACUAUUUUUUACGUUCUUUAUAAUUUGCUGUAAUAAACAUAAACAUAUUCGUUUCAAUUGUAAAAUCAUUAGCUACGAAAAGAUCUUUGGUUUUUAAGCUCUCCAAACGAAAUUUGAUAGUCUAAUGUUAGCCAAUAUUAAUUAAAACUUUUGAUGCUAUAUUAUCUGCAAAAAUAUUAACUCAAUAUUUCAACCAACUGCACCUGAUAGCGCUAGUAGGCAAGUAUACUGUAGAGUUCUUCUUUUACCUACUUUAUCAUGUUAAAUUCUUCAUGAAUCGAGAUUGAAAGAAACAAAAUAUUUAUAUACAUAAAUUUCGUUUAAACAUUCGUAACGAUAUAAAGGAUUUUGUGAAGUAUCAUUUGAACAAAUGAAAACGUAAGAUUAUCUAUUUUCUUCAAUAAAAAUAAGAAGUAUAAUUUAAGGUUAGAAUUUGGUAAAUUAUGUUAUGUUGUGUGUAUUUUUCUUUUUCGUGAAGGUCAAAUUUGAAUAAAAUUUGGUUCUUAUUCUGAUGGUAUUUGCAAUGAUCAUACACCUCAAAAAAUUUAUUUUGCCAUUCCGUAAGCUGAAUAAAUUCGGAAAGGUACAAAAACAAUUUAUUAGAUGUGAUUCUUCCGAAUCUUCAUCCAGAAUUUUAGAACAAUUAAAAAAUAAAAGUUUAUUACGGAUCAGAGGAAAUGAAGCUUCAGUUUUUUUACAAGGAUUAAUUACAAACGAUAUGAAGCAUUUCGAAGAAGGAGCAGCAAAUUUAUAUGCAUUAUUUCUAAAUAUUAAGGGUAGAGUAAUGUGUGAUGUGAUUAUCUACAAAAGUCAAGAAGAUAAUGUGUAUUAUGUUGAGUGUGAUUCACAAGUUGCAGAACCAUUACAGAAACAUUUAAAAAUGUAUCGUAUUAGAAGAAAAAUAGACAUAGAUCAGUUAGGAGAUGAAAUAAAUGUUUGGGUAUUCUUUGAUCCUACUCAAUAUAUGAAUAAUAAGCAUAAUGAUAAUAAUAAACAAAAACUUGAAGGUUUGAUAUUUCCAUGUGGAACUCUUAAUAAUAAAGUAAGCAAAAUAGUUGAGAAUAUUAUGAUAUACGAAGAUCCUAGACUUCCAGACUUAGGCAUUAGAAUUUUAGCAGCAUCAACAAUUGAGCGACAAGUGAUAAUAAAGCACUUGAAUUCAAAUGUAGUAGAUUCUAUUAAUAACUUGAAUUACAAAGCAUUUCGGUAUAAACUUGGUGUACCAGAAGGUAUUGAAGAUUUACCACCAGGAAAAGCUUUGCCACUAGAAGUAAAUUGUGAUUAUUUACAUGGCGUUAGUUUUCAUAAGGGCUGUUACAUUGGUCAGGAACUUACAGCUCGUACUUACCAUACUGGUGUUGUAAGAAAACGUUUAAUGCCUCUAUUAUUUAAUGAAAUUCCUAAUAAAUCUGUUUCAUAUGAUGAUAAAAUUGUUAAUGAAUCUGGUAAUGCAAUAGGUAAAUUUAGGGGAAUUGAAAGUCAAUAUGGGUUGGGUUUAAUGCGAAUUAUUGAAUCUCUGAAUGCUCAAUCUCUUACUGUAUCAGAUAUUAAGUUAAAAGUAUCAAAACCUAUGAUGGAAUCUAUCGCUAGUACAUCUAUGGAUAAAACUCGUAUUGAGCACAGUCAAGGUUUAACAUCGGCAGUUCAAGAUUCUAAAGAAAUUGUAACUGGAGUAUUCAAGUGCUCUUAUUGUUCAUUAGAAGAACGCUUUGAUUUCAAGGGUAUCAAAGCGCCAUUCUCACGGCAAUUAAGCUAUACAGAAGAAUGUUAUAUUAUGAAAGAUCCUUUUAGUUUGCCAAAUAAAGGGGAAGUUUUAGUAUUAGGAGCUGAUUGUAAUUUUUGUAAGAAAACUGUAUGUUUAGAAUGCAGUAUAUAUUUUGGAAAACGAUUUUGCUUAAAAUGUGCAUCAAGUAAUGUACAAAAUUUGCCGUCACAACUGCAUUCGAAAAUAAAGAAUUUAAUAAAGGAGAAAGAUUCAUAA